CAGUAAGGCAGUAAUAAAAAGCUAUUGAAGUACGUUAUAGUUAUAACUAAUAACCACAAACCGGUGGCAAUCAACCCAUUGCUUAGCUUGUUGAGGAUCCAAGUCAGAUUAGCUUGUCGAAAAGAGGAAUGGAGUAGAGAAAAAACAAAUGAACAUGGAAAGUUCCUCCAGUAGCCACAAUCAAAGAUGUUCUGAAGGCAGUUAACUAGUCACCGGCUCGUGACAAUCACUGUCAAUGGAGGGGUACGGUGCUGGAAAUGCAUGGAUGAGGCAACUUUGGUUCUUGACAUAUAUAUAUAUAUAUAUAUAUAUAUAUGGAGAAGAAGGGCUGAAAGGACCCAACUGGAUUUGGGAAAAUAUUUUGUAUUGUAGAAAAACUGUUCAUUUAGGGGUACCCUUGAAGAUGGCAUUGCAUCGGUUUUCAAGACAUGCAGGGUGAUUUGAAACUGUCAACUAAAUUUCACCUCAGCUUUAAAGUUGGAUAACAUUAAUAUGAAGGCACUACAUCUGUAACUGAAAAAAAACAGCAGAGAAACAGUUACAAAACUUACAAUCCAUUAAUAUGUUAGUAACAGGUGUUGCAUUAGUACUCUUGUGUUUAUAGAAAGAAAAACAGAUCAAGUUUGAUAGUAGGAAAGAUGGAGGGCUCUUGCAACCCGGCUAGGGUUGUUGGGCAAUGCAAGGUUUCUCCACCACCAGGCUCAGUUCCUACCACCUCUCUCCCUCUCACUUUCUUCGACAUUGUUUUCCUCUUCUGCGGUCCGGUUGAAUUUGUAUACUUUUAUGAGUUCCCUCACCCUCUUCACCACAUCACCCAAACCAUCCUCCCUAAGCUCAGACACUCUCUUUCCCUAACUCUCCAGCACUUCUUUCCCUUGGCCUCAAAUCUCAUCUGCCCUCCACCACCCUCCAAACCCUUUCUACAUUACUCCGAGACUGACCGAACCUCACUCCUAUUGACCAUUGCCGAGUCCUCAAGCAACUUCAACCGCCUCACAUCCCACCGUGUAAACAAUGUUGCACAAUCCCACUUCCUUGUUCCACCAUUGCCACCAGCACGUGUGUUGGAGGAUGGCACGCGUGUGGUCACUCCUGUAGCAUUGCAACUCACUGUGUUCCCCAACUCCGGGAUCUGCAUUGGCAUUAAUUUUCUUCAUGCAUUGACUGAUGGGAGUUCUUUGCAUCAUUUCAUGAAGUCAUGGGCAUCUGUUUGUUUAUCACAAGGAGUCAAGGCUUUGACUAGUACUCCCCCAUCCCAUAAUAGAGGUUUGAUUAAAGACCCAUGCGGCCUUGAGAACAAGUUCUUAGCUGCAUGGAGAAGUUGGACGCCUAUCCCAUGGGAGCUUCAUAUGAACCCAUUCCAUCCCUCCCUAACUGAAAAAGUCCGAACCACAUUCGUGUUGAGUAGACCAAAAAUCGACAGACUUAAACAGUGGGUGUCUAGCUUAUUCAGUGCUGUUCAUGGUUCUAAGCCACCCCAUAUGUCAUCAUUUGUAGUUAUAUGCGCUUUGACAUGGGUUUGUUUAGUCAAAGCAGAGGAGAUCAAUGAUGAUGAAAUGCAAUGCUACUUCAAUUACUCGGCUGACAGCCGAAACCGGCUUGAGUAUCCAUUACCUAGUUCAUAUUUUGGGAACUGUUUAUCAAUACGUUCUACUCGAGUGAAGAAGAGUGAGCUAGUUAAGGAGAAUGGACUCAUUGUGGCAGUGGAUGCUAUAGGAAAAAAUGUGAAAGAUUUGGAGAGUGGGGUUUUGAGAGCAGCUGAGGAGUGGACUUCAGAUUGGGACAAGGGUACUAAUAGUCCUCCAAUGCAUUUAACCUUGCUUGCUGGCUCACCAAGACUUGAUUUUUAUAAUGACAUUGAUUUUGGGUGGGGGAGACCCAAAAAGAGUGAGGUUAUAAACGUUGAUUUUGAUUUUCCCAAGUUUAUUUACCUCGGUAACAGUAGAGAAGAGGAAGGUGGGUUUGAGAUUGUCUUGGCAUUUGAAAAGGAAAAAAUGAAGUCCUUCAAUUCCAUCUUUGAACAAGCUUUGAAGCUCCCGGAAUCGCAUUUGUAAAGCAAUUACACGACCGUUGUCGGAAUUGGAUUGAACUUUUUACCAUCUAUUCAACUCUUUUAGGCAUAUAUCCUCAU